GAAAAGAAUGCCAGGCUUGCUGUCAGUAUUCGAGGCAUGUCAAGAUUGCUCUCUCUCACAUAGAUGCACUGCACAUGCACCGCACUGGCCGCUCUCAUCCAUUGUGCACGCACAAUCUUCAAGAUAAAGUGGCGCGAACCAACUUCUAUCACAACCACAUCAACUACUUCAGUUUGGAUUCGAUACAAUAAAACGGAGCUGUUGGUCAUCAUCUCCAUUGCAAUCUUAUUGGAUACUGUACGCCAUUCCAAACUCACCUCCACGCGCAUUCGAGAAAUCACUGAUCGGCUCUGAGCCGUUGACUCCUCAUACACAUUCUACAGGAUGGCAAUGAGUAACAUGUCAAAGUCCGUCGUUCGGACGGGCAAGAAUUAUUUAAAGGGAUUCACUGGAACGCAAAUCAAAGUGCGUGAUGCCACAAGCAAUGAUCCUUGGGGCCCCAGUGGGACACAAAUGAACGAAUUGGCGCAAUUGAGCUUCAAUCAGAAUGACUUUAUUGAAAUGAUGGAAAUCAUGGACAAACGCUUGAAUGACAAAGGAAAGAACUGGAGACACGUUUUCAAAACUUUGACUUUGCUGGAUUACCUACUUCAUGCUGGAAGUGAAAACGUAGUCAUUUAUUUCCGCGACAAUAUCUACAUUAUCAAAACUUUGAAGGAGUUCCAAUACGUAGAUGACUUUGGAAAAGAUCAAGGAGCAAAUGUUCGACAGAAAGCAAAAGAUAUAACGAAUCUACUGCAAGACGAAGCUCGACUACGAGAAGAGAGGAGAUCGCGUGCACAUAUGCGUGAUCGGUUGAGUGAUGGCCCUCCACCUCCCUCAAACGGACUUGAUUUCGAGGAUGAAGAAGGAAAGAGACGCAGAAGAGCAGCAGAAGAUAGAAGGCGUGCAGGCCAAAAUCGUGAAGACGAUGAGCUAAAACGAGCAAUCGAAGAGAGUAAACGUAUGGCAGCAGAAGAACAAGCCCGUAUUCGACGUGAAGCAACGGAUGAAGAAGAGUUGCAACGUGCUUUGGCAUUGUCGAAAGAAGAGGAGGAGAAACGGAUUCGCGAAUUGGAAAAGAAGAAUGAGACUGCUCUGUUCGAUGAUGAUUUCAAUAUGCUCGAUGGACCUUCUCAUCAAUAUGCCCAACAACAACAAUAUGAUAUGUGGGGUAACCCAAUCUAUGGUAUGCAAGCACAAUAUACCUCUGUGAACCCGUACUUGCAACAACAACAAACGUCAUACAACCCAUUCUUCCAACAACAGAUGCAAUUGCAAGCACAACAAGAGGCUGAAUAUCAAAGACAAAUGGAACUACAAAUGGCUGCUCAACAAUAUCAACAUAUGAUGACCCAACAACAAAUGCCGCCUCAACAACCGAUCCAACCUCAACCGACUGCGUUUGGAUCGAACAAUCCGUUCGCAUUUGCACAGAACAACAACCAACAACAACAACAGCAGCAACCACCUCGUCAACCUGCUCUGGAUAUGCCACCACCUAUGCCUGCAGCUUCUUCAAGUGUUCCUAUUGGUGAUCUUCUGGGUGAUGCAAAUGAAGCUCCUGUAGCCGCACAACCUGCUCAACCAGUUGCUCCUGCUACGAACAAGUUCACAAAUGAUCCAAGAUUCAAAGAUUUGGACAGAAUGUUGGCUUCGGGUGAUGGAAUUGAUACGUUUGGUAAUACGGGAGAUCUUCGAUUCGGUCACUCUCAAGCACGAGGUCAAGCUGUUGGUCCACAGGCAACAGGACAAGCUGGUAAUAAUCCCUUUUUCAAGGUUUGAAAUGUGUUUGAAUCGGUCUGAUAUUUGUGUCGCUGGCUAUUAGAGGUUAAUAGCAAGGCUUUUUGCCUUACUUUCAUGUUACCCUUAACUUCAUUACAUCCCCUCUUUUCCGCCCACUUUGGUUAGUUCAUAUUAUACUGCUAAUAAUUAGGC